AUGCUUUAUGCUUUAGCGCUGGAGCUUGUGGCGCUUCUCGGAUUUCUAAGUCUCUUGUUCAACGUCCUUCUGCCAGCAUUGGAAUUAGCAUUGCGAUUUGUGGCGGUCGAUGUGCCCUGCGAAUGGCACAAGUGGCGGCUGUAUCGCGCCCAACAAUGCCAACUUCAGCGCCUUCAGUGUCGUGCCGACGCGUUAAACCGACGAAGCAAACGGAAGAGCAGGAAACACAACGCAUAA